GCCAUUUUCCGGAGAGCCCUCAGCGCGCUCUUAAAGGGGCCGCGCCCCGCGCUGAGGGCGGCGGGGUCUCGGUUCGGUCCCGGUUCUCGCUCCCGGUCCCCGGUUUGGAAGAACUGGUGGUUGUCGCUCCUCCGGUCACCACAGACGUGGGCAGAGCGUAUCGGGGCGGGGCGGACCGGACCAGUGCGUGUGUGGGCCGAGGCCUCCCUCCAGGGCCGCCCUGACAACAUCGGGGAUCCUUGGCGUUAUUAAUUCUCUGUAAUCACGAAUAUUUUCCCUUUUUCCACACUUCAGUGCCGCGGUUGAAUCACUCCGUGGGGAAACCAGGAAGGGAGAGAGGAGAAUUCUGGCUCUGCCCAGCAGCAGGAAGGGAAGGAUUCAAUCCCUGUGGAGCCCUCAGCCAUGGCAGCUGAGGACAGGGAUUACAACCUGACCCAGGAGCAGAAAGCUGUGAAAGACAAGUACCCCCCUCUCUGCAAGAAAUAUGAAUAUUUGGAUCACACAGCAGACGUGCAGCUCCAUGCCUGGGGGGACACGUUGGAAGAAGCCUUUGAGCAGUGUGCCAUGGCCAUGUUUGGCUACAUGACAGACACAGGCACUGUGGAACCUGUGGAUACAGUGGAGGUAGAAGCAGAAGGGCAUGACCUGUUGUCUCUUCUCUUCCACUUCCUGGAUGAGUGGCUGUAUAAAUUCAGUGCUGAUGAGUUUUUUAUACCCAGGGAAGUGAAAGUGCUUCACAUCGACCGAAGGCACUUCAAAAUAAGAUCAAUUGGGUGGGGAGAAGAGUUCUCUUUAGACAAACACCCACAGGGCACAGAGGUCAAAGCCAUAACUUACUCAGCAAUGCAGAUCUGUGAAGAUGAAAAGCCAGAAGUCUUUGUCAUCAUUGAUAUUUAAAGCAAGAACGGUGUGGUUGAGUGGAUAUUGGUCAUCAUCUGGCAAAAGCCCCCUAAAAUUGUAAUCCCUGUGGAAAAAACUCAGGAAUUGGCCAGUUAAAAUCACAAAUUGAAGGGAGUAAUGGCAGGGAAUGUCAGACUGUUUUCACUGAGACAGAGAAUAAGAAUUAUUUGAGGUUUGGGGGGAUGGAGAAGGAGAGGUUUGUACAGGUUGGAGGGGUCCCAGGAAUGCUGGCAGCUUUUCAGGCUGGUACACGUGCUAGGGGCUGUAUGAAAUACAGAAAUUGGUGGAGCUGAUAACUAAAAUACUCCCUUUUUGCAGCGUGGCAGGAGAUAAUGUUCAUCUAGAUUGAUUUCGUUUGCAUAUUUCAUGUUCUAAUUCUGAGCUGACAUCCCUCCCCCAUAUUACAUAAAUCCAAAAUAGCUGCAGUGGCUCAGAUGUAAUGUGGGGGAAAAAAAAAAUCUGAGUGCUUAAAAUUAGACACUUAAAAAAUGAUGCCAAUUAAACAAACAAACCACCACAUCUUUUAAGCUGCUUUAAAAAGAAGUCGUGCCAGCAGGUGGUGCUGAAUUGCUGUAAAUAAAUUGCCACGUGAAAUCUUAAAACAUGUGACUGUGUACCUGAAAUCCUCUUAUCACCUAUGAUAAUUCCAAAAAGUUGGCAGCUUUGCUGCUGUGGUGGAAGGGAAUGGAAAGGGAUGUCCCAGGUUCUCCCUGGGUUCACUCUCAAAUUCUGAAAACUGAGUCUUUUUUAAAAAGCGUGGUUUGGAUCAGCCUAAUUUUCUUUUAAAAAGAACAAUACAGACAAUCCUUAAAUGUCAAAGGAUUAUGGACUUGACUGAACGAAAAUGAAUCAAAAAUAAUCAAAAGUGUGUUGUUUUUAUUUUAAAUCACAGGAUGGCAAAUGUGCAUUGCCUGCUGUUUUAAUUUAAUUUAAAUGUGAGGAGCAUAGGCCUGGCCUGCUCUGUUACCAUAAAUGCUCCAAGUGCCUCACUUGUGGUGUCUCAUCUUAUAUAGUUCUGGUUUGAUUUCCAUGCUGUAAAGACUGAGGGAUAAAACCUCUCUCAUUUUUUAAGCAAGCCUCAAUGCCAAAAUAAAACUUGGACUGAAA